UGCUGUGAGCCUGGAGUCUGCUUUCCCUGCCAGUACCCCUGCCCGGAACAUGUGGCCGCGGCUCGGCCUGCCCUCGCUGUCCCUGAGCCCCAAGCUCCCAGUUGGCCGGAGCGUGUGCCUCACCCUGGGGUUCCUCGGCUUGGUGCUGGGAGCCAGUACUCAGGCCCCAGCACCCACAGUCAACACUCACUUUGGGAAGCUGAGGGGUGCGCGGGUACCGCUGCCUAGCGAGAUCCUGGGGCCUGUGGACCAGUACUUGGGGGUGCCCUACGCGGCUCCUCCGAUCGGCGAGAAACGGUUCCUGCCCCCUGAACCGCCCCCAUCCUGGUCGGGCAUCCGGAACGCCACGCACUUCCCCCCAGUGUGCCCCCAGAACAUUCACACAGCUGUGCCUGAAGUCAUGCUGCCUGUCUGGUUCACUGCCAACUUGGACAUCGUCGCCACGUACAUCCAGGAGCCCAAUGAGGACUGCCUCUACCUGAACGUCUAUGUGCCCACGGAGGAUGUAAAGCGGAUUUCCAAGGAAUGCGCCCGAAAGCCCAACAAGAAAAUUUGUAGGAAAGGAGGAUCCGGCGCUAAGAAACAGGGCGAGGACUUAGCGGAUAAUGACGGGGAUGAAGAUGAAGACAUCCGGGACAGUGGCGCUAAGCCCGUCAUGGUCUACAUCCAUGGAGGCUCUUACAUGGAGGGCACAGGCAACAUGAUUGAUGGCAGCGUUCUCGCCAGUUAUGGCAACGUCAUCGUCAUCACCCUCAACUAUCGGGUUGGGGUGCUAGGUUUCCUGAGCACUGGAGAUCAGGCCGCCAAAGGCAACUAUGGGCUCCUUGACCAAAUCCAGGCCCUCCGUUGGGUGAGCGAGAAUAUCGCCUUCUUCGGUGGUGAUCCCCGCCGUAUCACCGUGUUUGGCUCGGGCAUCGGCGCAUCCUGUGUCAGCCUCCUCACGUUGUCGCAUCACUCUGAGGGGCUUUUUCAGAGGGCCAUCAUCCAAAGUGGUUCUGCUCUGUCCAGCUGGGCUGUGAACUAUCAACCGGUGAAGUACACCAGCCUGCUGGCGGACAAGGUGGGCUGCAAUGUGCUAGACACAGUGGACAUGGUGGACUGUCUUCGGCAAAAGAGCGCCAAGGAGCUGGUAGAGCAGGACAUCCAGCCGGCCCGCUACCAUGUGGCCUUUGGCCCUGUGAUCGACGGUGAUGUCAUUCCCGAUGACCCUGAGAUUCUCAUGGAACAGGGUGAGUUCCUCAACUAUGACAUCAUGCUUGGUGUCAACCAGGGCGAGGGGCUGAAGUUUGUGGAAGGGGUGGUGGACCCUGAGGAUGGUGUCUCUGGCACUGACUUUGACUACUCAGUCUCCAACUUUGUGGACAACCUGUAUGGAUAUCCUGAGGGGAAGGAUACCCUGCGGGAGACCAUCAAAUUCAUGUACACAGACUGGGCAGACCGUGACAACCCUGAGACCCGCCGGAAAACACUGGUGGCACUCUUCACUGACCACCAGUGGGUGGAGCCCUCGGUGGUGACAGCUGAUCUGCAUGCCCGCUACGGCUCACCUACCUACUUCUACGCCUUCUACCAUCACUGCCAGAGCCUCAUGAAGCCCGCUUGGUCAGACGCAGCUCAUGGGGACGAAGUACCCUAUGUGUUUGGUGUCCCUAUGGUGGGCCCCACUGACCUCUUCCCCUGCAACUUCUCCAAGAAUGACGUCAUGCUCAGUGCUGUCGUCAUGACCUACUGGACCAACUUUGCCAAGACCGGGGAUCCCAACAAGCCGGUUCCCCAGGACACCAAGUUCAUUCACACCAAGGCCAACCGCUUUGAGGAAGUGGCCUGGUCCAAGUACAAUCCCCGAGACCAGCUGUACCUUCACAUUGGGCUGAAACCGAGGGUUCGUGAUCAUUACCGGGCCACUAAGGUAGCGUUUUGGAAACACCUGGUGCCCCACCUGUACAACCUGCAUGACAUGUUCCACUACACGUCCACGACCACCAAAGUGCCGCCCCCGGAUACCACCCACAGCUCCCACAUCACCCGGAGGCCCAACGGCAAGGCCUGGAGCACCAAGCGGCCCGCCAUCUCCCCCGCCUACAGCAACGAGAACGCCCAGGGCUCGUGGAACGGGGACCAGGAUGCGGGGCCACUCUUGGUGGAGAACCCUCGUGACUACUCCACCGAGUUAAGUGUCACCAUCGCCGUGGGGGCCUCACUCCUGUUCCUUAACGUCCUGGCCUUCGCCGCCCUCUACUACCGGAAGGACAAACGACGACAGGAGCCCCUGCGGCAGCCCAGCCCUCAGAGGGGAGCCGGGGCCCCCGAAUUGGGAGCCGCUCCUGAGGAGGAGCUGGCGGCGCUGCAGCUGGGCCCCACUCACCAUGAGUGUGAGGCCGGCCCCCCCCAUGACACCCUGCGCCUCACUGCGCUGCCCGACUACACGCUGACCCUGCGGCGCUCCCCUGACGACAUCCCACUCAUGACCCCCAACACCAUCACCAUGAUCCCCAACUCCCUCGUAGGGCUUCAGACGUUGCACCCCUAUAACACCUUCGCCGCGGGGUUCAACAGUACCGGGCUGCCACACUCACACUCCACCACCCGGGUAUAGCUCCAGCCCGGAGCACAGCCUGUGUCCCGGCUCCCUCCCUCCCAGAUCCAGAAACACACCUGCACACACGCACGCACGCACGCACGCACACACACACGGACAUAUAUGUAUACGCACGCACCCGCACCCGACAGCAGACCCACUUGCACAUAGACAGAUGCGGACACACACCCGCAUGUACAAAAACACAAAUAAGAACGUCAACCUGAAGAAACCCUUCGAAUGGAGAUGCAAGGGCGCCCUGAGCCUGACCACAGACACUCCUGGGGGCCCGAAAGCACCAGCUGGACACCCCCUUGGUGCUCGCCCU